GCAAGAUGGCCAGGGUGCGGAAGGUCCUGGAGGCCCUGAGCGUCUUCCAGUGGGUGCUGACCUACCUCUUCUUCGGCGUCUUCUUCACAACGGUCCUAAUCUGCCUGCUCUUCACCUCUUAUUGGUCCAUCACUGUCUUAUACUUUGCUUGGUGGAUCAGUGACUGGCACACGCCGGAUAGAGGGGGCCGCCGGUGUGACUGGAUGAGGCGCUGGAGGAUCUGGGAGCUGCACAGGGACUAUUUCCCCAUCAAGCUGGUAAAGACGGCAGAGCUGCCCCCCACACGGAACUACGUGCUGGGCUCCCACCCCCACGGCAUCAUCUGCGCAGGGGCCUUCUCAGCCUUCUGCACUGAGAGCACCGGCUUCUCCCACACCUUCCCCGGCCUCAGGCCCAGCCUUGCUCUCCUGUCGGGCCUCUUCUACCUGCCUGUGUACCGCGAAUACAUGAUGAGCUCAGGGAUGGUUCCAGUCAGCAAGCGCGCUCUGGACUUCCUGCUCCGUGGUGGGCCUGGCCAUGCUGUGGUCAUUGUUGUGGGCGGUGCAGCGGAAUCGUUGGACUGCGCAUCUGGGGAGCAGCGUGUCCGUGUUUACGGGAGGCGUGGCUUCGUGCGCCUCGCUCUGCAGCACGGGGCGGACCUGGUGCCUGUUUACACCUUUGGGGAGAACGACAUUUUCUGGCAGGUGCAUUUCCCAGAAGGCAGCUUCGUCCGCCGGCUCCAGCUCCGUUUGAAGCAGCUGAUAGGGUUUGCCCCCUGCAUCUUUGGAGGACGGAGCCUCUUCUGUAGUCGCCUCUGGGGGAUCCUGCCCCUGGCAUCCCCCAUCACUGUUGUAGUGGGGAAGCCGAUCCCGGUGCCGCGCCGCCCCCGGCCCACGGACGAGGAGGUGGACCACUUCCACGCGCUCUACGUCGAGGCCCUCCGGCAGCUCUUCGAGGCGCACAAAGGCAGCUGCGGCCUCCCACCGUCGCAGCAGCUCAUCAUCACUUAGCGAA